AUGACUGUGGAGAACAAGAUCGCUAGCAUGCCGAACCCUCCCCCGCUGUACGACUUUGAGGUUGAGGCAGACCAGCUAACGCGCAAGCAGCUUGAGGAGCGGGUUGAGCAGAUGCGGGCGGCCAACUUGGUACUGCGUACCUCGGUGCUUCGACUGCGUGAGUCCCUAGCGACCCUGCAAGAAGGCAUGCGGGCGAACUAUGCCGACCUAGAGCGGCGGCAGGAGGGCAUUUCAAAUAUGCUUCUCCGACGCCUGGAGGCAACAAAGCACCAUCACAGCAAACUGGUCGCCCACCUACGUAAGGUGGAGGCCGAGAAGGCAAUGCAAGAGGCAAAGCUUCAUUGCACCAUGCAAAGCAUCAACGAGCUGUCGAAGCACCUCAAGCAAGAGGAGCAACAAAUCGCCAACCGCCUGCAGCACCGACUGCUGCGGCUGCACGCUCAGCGAGAACAGCUCGACCAGGUCCUAGAGGAGCAGACGAGUUCGCUGCAGCAGCUGGAGCAGCUUGUGCAAGAGGUGGAGGAGAUGGACCAGAGCGACGCCGCGGAGAGAGGCGGAGGCUGUCUGGGCACACACACCUCCACUGCGAUGCCAGUGCUCGCCGUUGUCCCCGCAAGCGGCGCCCCAGCAGCUAGCAGUGGCGUCUUUGGCCCUGUCCACGAGCGUAGCAGCAGUCGCCUGAGCGCAGCGAGCUCCACUACCGCCACCAACACGGCCGACGUCGCCUACGACCCCACAGCAAUGAUACGGUACUUGACGGAUGAGAUCGCGGCAGCGGAGGGACUGCGAACGGAGGCGCUGUCCAAGGCGGAGAAGUACGUCGCCAUGCGUGAGCGGCUGGAGCGGCGCCUCGCGCGAGAGAAGCAACAGCGGGCCGAGCAGCAGUCCCGCACGCAGGAAAUUCAUCAGCAGCUGCAGGAUGCGAGCACCGCCGUGAAUGAGAGGGAGGUGGCGCAUGCAAUGGCGAUGGAGAUGGAAAUGGAUCGACACCUGAACAGUUCACGCUUUGGCGGUGACAUCAUCUCAAGCGCCAGCAGCACGUGUGCAACGCCCCAGCUGCGUGCCGUGAGCACGGUGGCUAGCCGGGGCAACUCCGCAUCGCCUGGGGUUAGCCGACCUUGUCCCGGUCCCGCUGCGCAGGACCCCGAAGGCCGCCCGCCAGACGCAUUUGUGCUGUCGAACAGCAGCGUCUGUAGCGGUUCGGCGGGCUCUACAGGCCACUUCGACCAUCUCGAAGGCACCAGCAGUGCGUUUUCUGGGAUUCCAGGCGGCACAUCACUAGGCCACGCCCCGGCAGCUGCGCUUGCGAUGGGGGCAGCGGACGGUCCUGUCCACUCCAACCCCACUGAACGCACCGACGAGUCACAAUGA